AUGGCCUUGGCCAUCGCGCUCCUCCUCUCGGGGGUCCUGCUCCCCUGCUGGGGAGAGUUCGCGCUCUUUAAAAAGGGGUCUACAAAGGCUGGAAGCUUGGUGUGCUCCCAAAGGACUUGCUUCACCUCCCUAGUGGCUCUGGAGGCGAACGGGGCUAGGUGCUCCCACCACUCUGAAUGUUUCAGUGACUGCUGUCUCGUCAACUUGGACUCCGGUGGCGCCUUCUGUGCCCCUCGGGCCAGAAUAACCAUGACGUGCUUGCCCCAGACCAGGAGCGCCAUCAACAUCGUAUGUCCCUGCCGAGUAGGCCUGAAUUGCAUACACAAGGACCCAGACUGUAGCCGUCGGUGCCGUUUGAUUUAG